CUCCAGUCACUCAAGGGCUACACUGUCAUGGCGGUGACGAGCAGAAGCUACCGGGGUAAAUCAGGAAGAGAAUGCGGCGCAGCUGGUAACAUUGACAUUUGAGCGAGUGUGUGGAGUUUCUCGAAGAGGACGGAGCACACCUUUUGUUCUUUUUCGACUUUCACUGACGGACUAAGCCGCUCGUAGACUUGCUCUCAGCCCAGUUUGGGAGUUUUUUGUGCUCCUACCGAAGCGCUUUACCUGUCAAGACUCUGGACUCAGUGACAAUAGCAACUUCCAGUGGUGCUCGAGAUACUAAAGUCACCCUAUCCUCAUUUGUCAUCUGACCGGGGGACGGAGGAAAAGGUUAAGGACGAGCUCCGUGUCACCUGUAUUCCUCUUUGUUACCUCGGAGCACAGUUCUUUCUCGGCUUUAAACAGCAUUAAUCCAUCCGCCUCGUAUCAAGUUACGGACCUGUGAUAGUUGACGGUGGAGUCUCGCGCUGACAUUUCCAGUCUAUCCCAGUGUCAACGGCUAACGCAUUCUCCCUCGCGCAUUUUUGCUCACUUUUGGCUCAACUGUUGUGGAUGGGGAAGGAAACGGUUUGUUUGUGUGCCUGUCAACCACUCAGCUGAAGAGGAGAUUUGGCUUUCUCCUCCUCCUCCUCCUCCUCCGCCGCCGUCGUCGGCUGCAUUGACACCAUUUGAGGUGAACAGGUGCCUUACCUGUGAACGCCACCUGUCUCGUCUUUUCCUUAGCCAUGGCUAGCGAAGAGACGGCGGGUGCUGCUCAGCCAGGUGAUGGCAAAGACGGACGACCAGGCGCCAUGGCACUCAACCCGGGAGUGCCCAUCAGGGGGAUAAAGAUGAAAUUCGCCGUGCUUGGUGGCCUUGUAGAAGUUGGCGAAGUUUCCAACCGAGACAUUGUGGAGACUGUGUUCAACCUGCUGGUCGGUGGUCAGUUCGACCUGGAGAUGAACUUCAUCAUCCAGGAACCUGAGAGCAUUGUGUGCAUGGUGGAGCUGUUGGACCAGUGUGAGCCCACCUGUCAGGCUGAGGUUUGGAGCAUUUUCACUGCUAUCCUCAAGAAAAGCGUCCGCAACCUGCAGGCCUGCACCGACGUAGGGCUCAUCAAACAGGUGUUGGAGCGCAUAUCCACCACCGACAGCAUGAUCGCAGACUUGCUUGUGGACAUGCUGGGUGUGCUCGCCAGCUACAGCAUCACAGUAAAAGAGUUGAAGCUUUUCUUCAGCAAGCUGCAAGGGGAGAAAGGCCAGUGGCCUCGUCAUGCAGUGAAGCUUUUGUCAGUGCUGAAGUACAUGGCUCACAGGAAUGGCCCUGACUCCUUCUUCAGCUUUCCAGGGAAAAAUGCAGCUGCCAUAGCUCUGCCUCCCAUAGCAAAAUGGCCAUACCAGAAUGGGUUUACAUUUCACACAUGGCUGCGUAUGGAUCCUCUCAACAACAUCAACGUGGACAAAGACAAGCCUUACCUGUACUGCUUCCGCACCAGCAAAGGCCUAGGAUACUCUGCGCACUUUGUGGGCAGCUGUUUGAUAGUGACCUCUUUAAAAUCCAAGGGGAAGGGAUUCCAGCACUGUGUGAAGUACGACUUUAAACCACAAAAGUGGUACAUGGUGACUCUAGUUCACGUCUACAACCGCUGGAAGAACAGUGAGAUUAGCUGCUUUGUGAAUGGCGAGCUGGCGUCCUUUGGAGACAUCGCCUGGUUCGUCAACACCAAUGAUACGUUUGACAAGUGUUUCCUGGGAUCGUCUGAGACGGCAGACGCGAACCGUGUGUUCUGUGGACAGAUGGGAGCAGUUUACCUGUUCGGAGAGGCUCUCAGCGCUGCUCAGAUCCUGGCCAUCUAUCAGCUGGGUCCAGGUUACCAGGGCACGUUCAAGUAUAAGGCUGAGAGUGACCUGUUGUUCGCAGAGCAUCAUAAGACCUUACUGUAUGACGGCAAGCUCUCCUCCAGCAUCGCCUUCACUUACAACCCUCGCGCCACAGAUGCCCAGCUCUGCCUCGAGUCCUCCCCCAAAGACAAUGCCUCCAUUUUCGUCCACUCACCCCACGCACUAAUGCUGCAGGAUGUGAAGGCUGUGGUGACUCACUCAGUACAGAGUGGCAUCCACUCUAUCGGAGGUGUGCAGGUCCUCUUCCCUCUGUUUGCACAGCUGGAUUUUUGCCAGCCCUCCAGCCACGAGCUGGACACCUCUGUCUGCUGCACUUUGCUAUCUUUCGUGAUGGAGCUUUUGAAGAACUCUGUGGCGAUGCAAGAGCAGGUCCUGGCCUGCAAAGGCUUUCUUGUCAUUGGCUACGCUUUGGAGAAGUCUUCCAAGGUGCACGUGACGCGGCCUGUCCUGGACAUCGUCUUGGCCUUUUCCAGAUACCUUAGCAAUUUGCCCAAUGGUAUCUUGCUGCUCAAACAGCUGUGUGACCACAUUCUAUUCAACCCUGCCAUCUGGAUCCAUGCCCCUGCCAAGGUGCAGCUGACACUAUACACUUACCUGGCGACUGAGUUCAUCAGCACCGUUACCAUCUACAAUGCCAUUCGCAGAGUGGGCACUGUGCUUCAGAUCAUGCACACGCUCAAAUACUACUACUGGGUGAUCAACCCCCAGGACCGCAGUGGAAUCGCACCCAAAGGCCUAGAUGGUCCAAGGCCAAACCAGAAGGAGAUCCUUUCCUUGCGAGCCUUUUUGCUGCUGUUCGUAAAGCAGCUCAUAAUGAAGGAUCAUGGGGUCAAGGAAGAUGAGCUACAGAGUAUCCUCAACUACCUCCUUACCAUGCAUGAGGAUGACAACCUCAUGGAUGUGCUGCAGUUGUUGGUGGCUCUGAUGUCCGAACAUCCUGGUUCUAUGAUCCAGGCCUUUGAUCAGCGCAAUGGCAUUCGGAUAAUUUAUAAACUCCUGGCCUCAAAAAGUGAAGGAAUAAGAGUACAAACACUCAAAGUAAUGGGUUACUUUCUGAAACACUUGCCACCAAAGAGGAAGUCAGAAGUUAUGCUCAGUCACGGCCUCUUUUCUCUGCUCACUGAACGCCUGAUGCUCCACGCCAACCAGUUCUCAAUGACCACAUACAAUGUGCUGUUUGAGAUUCUUACAGAGCAGAUCUGCACUCAAGUGAUCCAUAAACAGCAUCCGGACCCCGACUCCUCUGUGAAGAUUCUCAACCCACAGAUUCUGAAGGUAAUAGCUGCUCUUCUGAAGAACUCUCCCCCAUCCCCCGAGACCAUGGAGGUGCGCAGGGUGUUUCUGUCAGACAUGAUCAAACUGUUCAAUAACAGCAGAGAGAACCGCAGGAGUCUGCUGCAGUGCUCGGUGUGGCAGGAGUGGAUGCUUUCUCUGUGCUUCAUCAACCCGCGCAACAGUGAAGAGCAGAAAAUCACAGAGAUGGUGUACGCCAUCUUCCGAAUCCUGCUCUACCACGCCAUCAAAUAUGAGUGGGGCGGCUGGCGCGUCUGGGUGGACACCCUGUCCAUCACCCACUCCAAGGUAACCUUUGAACAGCACAAAGAGAAUCUGUCCCGCAUGUUUCGUCAGUAUCAGCGGCGGGAGUCUGCGGGUAUAAUCAGGACUAUCUCUGGUACCAGCCAAAGCUCUGAGACAGGGGACUGCGUCAACGGGCCGGCCCCAGAGGAGACGGCUCCUUCCACUGUUAUUGAGCUUACAGUGGAUUCACAGUCCCAGAAGACCCCUGACUCUGAAUCUGCUGCAACCGCACCUGGCAGCUCUCAGGAGGCUGCUGAUGAAAGGGGACACAUCUCCAUUACUGUCUCCAACAUCCUGGCAAGAGCAGAGGAAGAAGAAGAAGGAAGAGGUGAUAAGUUGGAUGAAGAGUCUUCAGGUAAUGAAAAAGAGCCUGAAGCUGCUGAGAGUCAAAACAAAGAAGAGACCAACAAACAGGAGCAAGUGACUGACAAGGAAGACGAUAAUCUGCAAAGUCGCACAAAACAAUCAGAAGCAGAUGCCACAAAAGAAAAGGAAGGGGUUACAGACACUUCUACAACAGAUGAUGAAAAAUCUGUGAGUGAACACAACAAAGGUGAAUCAUCAGCGUCUAUGACAGAAGACUCUUUGAAUGAAACAGAAACAGAGCUGCCAGUGGUUUCUGAACAAGCUGAACAAGAAAGUAAGAAUGAGCAAACAUCCUCUGAGUCUGCAGUCUGUCUGGAUAACAGUGCACUGGGAGGAGCCUCCGUCUCCAGCGAUGUUGAUGAGAGCCAAGAGGAAUCCUCCUAUGCCUCAGCUGCUGCCGGAGAAUUGGAUGUGGAGAAAAAGGAGGAAGAUGAUCAGGAAAGCGGGGAUGACAAGAAAAAUGAGGAGGAAGCAUCUGCAGUGAAGACAGAAGAAAAAGAAGAAGAAGAGGUGCAGGAAGUUACAGUAGAAGAGAGAACUGAAAACACUGAAGUAACAGAACAGAAACAGGUGUCUGCUUUAGAAAAUCAGACGGCAGACACACCUCCAUCUGACACACCUGAACAGACUGCGACAGAACCACCAAUAGAAGUAGUUAAAGAUGAUCCCUGUUCCUCAGCUGCUGAACCUGCCACUACAGAUCAGCAGCCCCCUAGCACCACACUGCCCUCUACAGGUCCGGAAGCUGAAGCAGAACCAUCCGUUUCCACCUCCAGUCAACCUCCUGAGACCACUGACGGAAAAGCAGAAGAAGCCUUGUCUGACGCACCAGCAGACAGCAGCACGCCCACCCCUAAGUCCGCCACUCAGCAGAAGGACUCUGUCAGUAAGACCAAAGAGAUCAAAAUCGCCAGACUGGACGUGUCCAACGUUGCCUUAGACACAGAGAGACUUGAACUGAAGGAGACGUCCACAACAGACACAAGCCAAGGCCAGCCAGCGCCCGCAGCAGGAGGGUCCUCAGACCAGCCAAGAGACAGCGGCACAUCAGCCCCCCGUUCCACCAUGUUUCGGAUCCCAGAAUUCCGCUGGUCUCACAUGCACCAGCGCCUCCUCACUGACCUGCUCUUCUCCAUUGAGACAGAUGUUCAGAUGUGGAGGAGCCACUCCACAAAGACAAUUUUGGAUUUCGUGAAUAGCAGUGAGAACGUUGUGUUUGUCCACAACAGUAUACACCUCAUCUCACAGGUGGUAGACAACCUCAUCAUGGCCUGUGGAGGCAUCUUACCUCUGCUGUCUGCCGCCACCUCCUCCUCCCAUGAACUGGAGAACAUCGAGCCGUCCCAGGGCCUGGCAGUGGAGGCUUCAGUCACUUACUUGCAGCGCCUCAUCAACCUCGUGGACGUUCUCGUGUUCGCUAGCUCCCUGAACUUCACUGAGAUAGAAGCCGAGAAAAACAUGUCAUCAGGGGGAAUCCUCCGACAGUGCCUUCGCCUCGUUUGUGCUAUGGCAGUGAGGAAUUGUCUGGAGUGUCAGCAAGCUCAAUUCAACCACGGCACAGAGGGUUCGGCACGCAACUACACAGCCAUGCCCAGCACUGUGCUUGGAACAGCCAAGUCUGCGUCUGCACAGAGUCCGGUCGAUGCAGUGACAGGUGGAAUGUCUCCUGUCAGAGACCUGGACCGGCUGCUUCAGGACAUGGACAUUAACCGCCUCAGAGCAGUUGUCUUCAGAGAUAUUGAGGACAGUAAGCAGGCUCAGUUUUUGGCUCUUGCCGUGGUCUACUUCAUCUCUGUUCUCAUGGUGUCAAAGUACCGCGACAUCCUGGAGCCCCGCAAUGACAAGAAACACCCUCAGCGAUCCCAGUCUGCAAGGAGCACAGAUAGCGGCGCCAUUUCUGGUGGGCUAGAGGUGGAGAAUGGCGUCUCUCUCCGACGCUAUGACUCUGGUAUCGGCGACGACCACGCCUCGACUGCUGCGAGCGAGGCAGACCUGUUGUCCUCCAGCAUGGCUCACGGCCCAGACGCCAUCUCAGAGGCCUUGUCUACGCUGUCAUCUGAGGUUAAACCUGCUCUACCUGCUGACUCCAAAGGCAAAAAUGUGAAGGACAUUCUGCGCAGCCUGGUGAGCGCUCCAGGUGAUGAUGUCAUGGUGGAUCCAGGUCUGCUGCCACCAGCGUUUCUGGGAGGAGUGGCCGAUGUGACCAGAGACUCUCAGCAACAGGUUUCAUUUGAUAGAAGUGUCAUUGUUGCACCCAAGAAGCCUGGCGUGACACCAUCUCCAGGACUGUCCACUCCCAUCCCAGCAGCCACCGCGGCCUCUGUGUCUGGUGGGACACCUAUGGACAGUGUUUCUGUGGUAUCUGCCGCUGAUGCCUCCCAGAGCAGCUCUGCAGACUCUGCAGUUGCAGGCGGCCAGGUUCCAGCCAGCGCUAGCUUGCCAUCUGUCCCCCCUCUCUCCCCUGUGACCCAGCACACAACCCCCAAUAUGAGUAUCUCAGAGCGUCUGGAACAUGCUCUAGAAAAGGCAGCACCUCUGCUAAGGGAGAUCUUUGUGGACUUUGCCCCGUUCCUGUCCCGCACCCUGCUGGGUAGCCACGGACAAGAGCUUCUCAUCGAGGGCACAAGCCUGGUGUGUAUGAAAUCCAGCAGCUCAGUGGUGGAGCUGGUCAUGCUUCUGUGUUCACAGGAAUGGCAGAACUCCAUCCAGAAGAAUGCAGGUCUGGCCUUCAUUGAGUUGGUCAACGAGGGCAGGCUGCUGAGUCACACCAUGAAGGACCACCUGGUUCGUGUGGCUAAUGAAGCUGAAUUUAUCCUCAGCCGACAGAGGGCUGAAGACAUCCAUAAACAUGCCGAGUUUGAGUCGAACUGCGCUCAGUACGCAGCAGAGAAACGAGAUGAGGAAAAAAUGUGCGACCAUUUGAUCCGUGCAGCCAAAUAUCGUGACCAUGUGACCGCCACACAGCUGAUCCAGAAGAUAGUCAACAUCCUCACUGACAAACAUGGAGCCUGGGGAAACUCCUCCAUAAGCCGGCCGAGGGAGUUCUGGCGCCUGGACUACUGGGAGGACGAUUUAAGGCGCAGACGUCGCUUCAUCAGGAACCCCUUCGGAUCCACGCACUCUGAGGCUACGCUCAAAGCCGCGGCCGAACACGUGGCUGAAAUCAGAGCGUCCGAGGAGGAUCUCCUCAAAGGCAAGCAGUCCAUCAGGAGUCAGGCUCUGGGAAAUCAAAACUCGGAGAGCGAGACUUCACUGGACGGAGACGAUGACACUCUGUCAUCCUUAGAGGAGAAGGACCUGGAAAACGUAACAGGCCCGGUGAACCUGAGCACCAGCGCCCAGCUCGUGGCUCCGGCCGUGGUGGUGAAAGGCACCUUGUCCGUCACCGCCUCCGAGCUCUACUUCGAGGUGGAUGAAGAGGAGCCCGGCUUCAAGGCCAUCGAUCCAAAGCUUCUAGCCUAUACUGAGGGUCUUCAUGGAAAAUGGCUGUUCACAGAGAUCCGUGCCGUCUUUUCCAGGCGCUACCUGCUGCAGAAUACUGCUCUGGAAAUCUUCAUGGCCAACAGAACGGCAGUCAUGUUCAACUUCCCAGAUGCAGCCACAGUAAAGAAGGUGGUCAACAGUCUUCCUCGUGUUGGUGUUGGCACCAACUUUGGCCUUCCACAGACCAGACGUAUCUCUCUGGCCACUCCAAAGCAACUUUUCAAAGCAUCCAACAUGACCCAGCGCUGGCAACGUCGAGAGAUCUCCAACUUUGAGUACCUCAUCUUUCUCAACACCAUCUCAGGUCGUAGCUUUAAUGACCUGAACCAGUACCCGGUCUUCCCCUGGGUCAUCACCAACUAUGACUCAGAAGAACUUGACCUCACUCUGCCCAGCAACUUCAGAGAUCUGUCCAAGCCCAUUGGUGCUCUGAACCCCAAGAGGGCAGCGUUCUUUUCAGAUCGCUAUGAAUCCUGGGAAGACGAUCAGGUGCCAAAGUUCCACUAUGGCACACAUUACUCCACCUCCAGCUUCACCCUGAUGUGGCUACUGCGAAUUGAGCCCUUCACCACGUUCUUUCUCAACUUCCAAGGAGGGAAGUUUGAUCAUGCAGACCGCACCUUCUCCUCUGUAUCCCGAGCCUGGAGAAACUGCCAGAGAGACACGUCUGAUGUGAAGGAGCUGAUCCCAGAGUUCUAUUACCUCCCUGAGAUGUUUGUGAACGCCAACACUUACAACCUGGGAGUGAUGGAGGAUGGCACUGUGGUCUCAGACGUAGAGCUUCCACCUUGGGCCAAAAGCCCUGAGGAGUUUGUACGCAUUAACCGCCUGGCUUUAGAGAGCGAGUUUGUGUCCUGCCAGCUCCACCAGUGGAUUGAUCUGAUCUUUGGCUACAAGCAGCAGGGACCCGAAGCAACCAGAGCCCUCAAUGUUUUCUAUUAUCUGACUUAUGAGGGCGCAGUCAACCUCAGCUCCAUUAGCGACCCCAUGCUCAGAGAGGCUGUGGAGUCUCAAAUUAGGAGUUUUGGACAGACCCCCUGCCAGUUGCUCAUCGAGCCACACCCACCCAGAAGCUCAGCCAUGCAAGUGUAUCUUCUCCUGCAGACCCCGCUGAUGUUUACGGAGCAGAUGCAGCAGGAUGUUAUCAUGGUUUUGAAGUUCCCGUCCAACUCUCCUGUGACCCACGUGGCAGCCAACACCCAGCCCGGUCUGACGUCACCUGCCAUCAUCACCGUCACUGCCAACCGUCUCUUUGCCGUUAAUAAGUGGCAUGGUUUAACAGGUCAUCAGAGCUCAACGGUGCAGGACCAGCAGUACCAACUUCCUGUGGAAAUUGACCCUCUGAUAGCCAGUAACGUGGGCAGCCAUCGCCGUCAGAUCUCUGACCUGCUGGAUCAGAGCAUUCAGAUCAGCUCCCAGUGUUUCAUCAUUACGGCCGACAACCGCUUCAUCCUCCUGUGCGGCUUCUGGGACAAGAGCUUCCGCGUUUAUUCGACUGACACAGGGAAAUUGACUCAGAUCGUGUUUGGGCAUCGUGACGUGGUGACAUGUCUGGCUCGCUCUGAAUCGUACAUAGGAGGCGACUGCUACAUCCUGUCAGGCUCCAGAGAUGCCACCCUGCUGCUGUGGUACUGGAACGGAAAGCACAGCAGCAUCGGAGAGAGCCCAGGCACAGAGUUCACUACGCCCAGAGCCAUCCUGACAGGUCAUGACUGUGAGGUGACAUGUGCGAGUGUUUGUGCAGAGUUGGGUCUGGUCAUCAGCGGGUGUAAAGAGGGUCCUUGUCUGAUCCAUUCCAUGAAUGGGGACCUGCUGCGAACCCUCGAGGGCCCAGAACACUGCAUGCGGCCCCGCCUUAUCCAGUCCUCCACUGAGGGUCACUGCAUGAUCUACUAUGAUAAGGGACUGUUUUGUCUCUUCAGUGUCAACGGCAAACUGCUGGGACACAUGGAGGUGGACGACAGCAUCAAGGCCAUGCUUCUCAGCCGUGACGGGCAGUAUCUGCUGACAGGAGGUGAUGGAGGUGUCAUUUCCGUCUGGCAGGUCCACAACCUGAAACAGCUGUUCACCUACCCCGGCUGUGACGCAGGGAUCCGCGCCAUGGCCAUGUCACAUGACCAAAGGUGCAUCAUAACGGGCAUGGCGUCUGGAAGCAUCGUGCUCUUCUACAACGACUUCAACAGAUGGCAUCACGAGUACCAGACCAGGUACUGACACGGCAGCAGCAGGACUAUGAACUCUAAUCCAAUGGCACUAUCCUGUCUAUAUCCUCAUAUCUGAAUGUAUCUCAAUGGAAAAAGAAGAAGAUGAUAAUGAUAAAAAUCUGUCCUGUUAUAGAAAAAAAAAAAAAGUCAACUAUUUUUAAAAAGGGCAUUGCUAUAUUUUGUAGAUCAGAUAGAAGAUUUUCAUAUAAAUCAUAGGGUGGGGGUUGUGUUACUGUUCGGUGAAAAACAAAUCUAUUUUUAGCUGUAAGAGUCUAUUUUCAUCUCCUCUGAGACAGAAAAGAGGAUUUAUGGGAAGCUAGUAAUAACCUUAUCUUUUGACUUAAAAAUCCAAAUGUUUGUGUUCUUUAGAGUGAGUGAUUUUUUUUUUUUUUUUUUCUUCCUUCUUGCAGUAGGCACGUAUGUGGGAAUAAUUACAAGCUUUCACUUUGGCUUAUUGCCAUUUUGGCAACUCAGCAGGAAGAUGUGAAAUGUCCGAAUAAAUAAUAAACACAUUAGAAAGAAGGAUAAAUAAAGAGGGAAUAUACAUAUACAUAUAUAAAUAUAUAUAUAUAAAUAUCUAUAUAUGCUGUUUAAAUGUAGUCCUCCAUAUUUAACAGAUGCAUUUCCAUUUCCUCUGUAUCUCCGUGCUCGCUCAGAGAUUGCAUUUGUGUGCAUGGCUCAUGACUCAUAAAACUCACAUCUAUUACAUUAGACUCUUAUACUGAAAACAAAACAUCCCUGUAUCAGUGAUAUUAACAAGCUUUAUGUAAAGACGACGGUAGGAAAACAUGUCAACUGCUCCCCUCCUUAUAAAAAUGACUGAAGCAACAAUCUAAUAGAAAUAGUCUUUAUUAAAUGUCAGGUUUGACGUUUAAUAAGUAUUUACCCAGUUUUAAUUCACAUGGCUUUUAAUUUAUUCACGUCAUACCCCACCCAGUGUCCAAACAGGCUGGUCAUUCUUUCUAAAGUCCUCUUUGAGUCCCAUCUCCACAGCAGCUAACGGUAAAGUGAGAUGUGAAAUGAAAGGAAGGACUUUCUCUGUUUCAGGCUUUUGUUUUGUUUUGUCCGUCAGGGUUUGAGUGACUGUCGAGGUGUGAUUCAGCUAUAAACUCUAAGUACGUUUUUCUUUUUGCCCCUCUUUGAUUUUGAGAAAACAUUCCUAUAAGGUUUGCGCUUUGACGUGGUUUGGAUUUCCGGUUUAUUAUUUGAGAACUACUGUUAUCUAUUAUCAAUUUUUUUUUUUUUUUUUUGCAAUCAUUUUUGGAGUGUUUUGUGUGCUGAGUUCUGAAAAUAAAAUGGAUUUUAUAACUUGA